UAACAAGACAAAUUAUCUCAGCGUUCACGUUCAGAUUUUCUGCGUAUUUGAGCCGAAUAUUGCUCUUAAGAAAGUAGAAAAUGAAAGAAAUGGUUGGAGGCUGUUGUGUUUGUUCUGACGAGAGGGGCUGGAAUGAAAAUCCUCUCGUCUAUUGCGAUGGAAAUGGUUGUAACGUUGCAGUGCACCAGGCGUGUUAUGGCAUCAUCCAUGUUCCGACUGGUCCAUGGUUUUGCAGGAAGUGUGAAUCACAGGAAAGAGCUGCCAGAGUGAGAUGUGAAUUGUGUCCUUUGAAAGAUGGGGCAUUGAAAAGGACAGACAGUGGAGGCUGGUGCCAUGUUGUGUGUGCUCUGUUCAUCCCUGAAGCCUGGUUUGCCAAUGUACAGACAAUGGAACCAAUCAUGCUGAAGAAUGUUCCGCCUGAUCGGUUUAACCGGAUGUGUUACAUUUGUGAGGAGAAUGGGAAAGAGGUUUCCAAGGCGACAAGUGGUGGAUGUAUGCAGUGUAACAGGAAUGGGUGUAAACAGAACUUCCAUGUCACCUGUGCGCAGGCCCAUGGUUUAUUGUGUGAGGAGUCUGGUGCCUAUGGCAACAAUGUUAAAUACUGUGGAUACUGCUGCCAUCACUACAAGAAACUGAAGAAGGAUGCGAACAUCAAGACAAUCCCAGCAUUCAAGCCUAUACCAUCCGACCACGCCACCCCUGACUCUACACCGGAGAAGUCCAGUAAUGAACCCAAAGUGAACUUCUCAGCUGAACAGAAAAACAGGGAAUCACUGGCAGCCCGACAACUCUCAGGCCAGAUAGCAGCCGGAGAGGGGCGAUUAAGAGAUGUAGGGGGUGGGGCUAGAAUCCCUGGGGGCGGGGGUAAAACCACAGGAGAGGGGAAAGGCCCAGAGAGUGCUGGUAGUGUGGGGAGAAGGGCUACAAGUGCUGCUGAGAGGAAAUCCAUGGGAUCAUCAAACAAUAAUACAAAGUCUGAGCCAGAAUCAAAGAAAAUGGAAACUGAAACUUCCACCAUUUCCACAACUACCUCAUCUGUCACGGUGACAACAGUGUCAUCAGGAAUAACAACAGUUCCGGUCUCCAUGGCAACCAGUGACACCAAGGCAACCAAUGAUGUGAAGACAGCUCCUCAGGAGACCGGGAAGUUGUUUUCUCCGCUAUUGGAUGGUCAACCUACGCCUCCUGUCACAACACAAGCUACAUUCCCCACAUCUCUGGAUGGGAUGAUCUCCAGCAUGGUCCACACUCAGGCCAACACACUGACCACGGAUACUGACCCGGCACAGACACGAGGACUUAGAAAAACCAGGACUGGGUCCCUGGAUAAGGACCGUCGUGUGGUCCGGCGAGGGAAGGCGGGAAGACAGCGGCCCGCGGGCAGGAAAACCUCUCUUAGUGAAGACGGGGAGGAUAUAUCGCCCACAGUUAACAAACGUAGCAGGAAGAAAUCUGAGUCUGUACCAGCUGCAGCAGCUCUUGGUGGUGGGCCAAACACGGCAAUGAUAGGGCCACAGACAAUGAGUGUGUUUGGAGGGGAGCCACGAUUUCCCAACCCCAUCUCCCGGACACCUGUCUCACAUAGUGAAACAGGGCUCCUGGCAUCAAAUCUUCUACCAAAGAUUGAGGCUUCCUCAAUGUAUGUGCAGCCUGCCAUGGUGUCCCUUCCAGCCACUAACGGGACCAGUGUUGGAGAGAAACUAACGAAUGGACCCCUGAUAGGCCCAGCCAACCCAUUCUCCAUGCAAACAUCACCUGACAGCUCAAAACAUAGUGAGACGCCUGGCAGUAUGGAGGAGCUACUGGAGAGGCAGUGGGAGACUGGCUCACAUUUCCUCAUGGAGCAGGGACAACACUUUGACAUUGCAUCUUUACUAAGCUGCCUACACAAACUGAAGUCAGAAAACAAGCGGCUUGAAGACUAUAUUCACAACCUGAUAUCACGCAGGGAUCAUCUGCUUGCCGUUAACUCCAGACUCACCUUACCCUUCACGGCAAACUCUCAAAGCAAUACAGGCAUAGAUCCAUCCGAGUCGCAGUCUACCCCGAGACGUCAAGAGUUCUCCAGCAUAUCUGGGGACGACGAUGACAGUCCUAUCAAUGUGGUGGACACACCAGGUAGCAGUGGAUGUAGGACCAGCCCUGCACCCAGCAAUGAACUGCUACGUCACCAGCUCUUCUCAUCCGCAGCAAGGUCACAGACCCCUGUGGACCCAAACAGUUCCUCUACCUCACACAGUGGUCCUCUGCCAGGCCCGGAUACAGUUGCUAAGGACAAAACCUGAUCUCUCUGUGAGGCACCAUAGGGGUUCUGUGAUGUCUCAGUGGCUUACUAGUGGUCUUUAACUGAAUGCUCCUUUUUUGUGAAGAUUAUAAAUUGUAAUUGUAUAUAAAUGAAAUAAUUCAA